CACAUUGCUGCCAACCAUUUGACCACACUACACUUGAGCAAGAUUCGCGCGAGUUGGCGAGUUGACGAGAAGUCUCCGAGUUAGUGUAUUUAAAAUAGUUUACCAACAACAACAACAACUAUAUCAUCUCUUCAACUACUACAACAACCACACACAGCUGAGAGCGCGCCAAGUAAACAAGAAGAAUCAAGCAUACACUGAGAGAAACGACAUAGAAAUUAAGAGAGUGUUUUGUAUGCUAAAAGAGAAUACAUUUUCUAUAGAAACGGAGAGUACAACACAAAAAAAAAAAAACAGAAAAAAAAAUAGCAAUUGAGAAGGGAGCAAGAGAAAGAAGAAGAAGACACAUCAGCAGCAGGCCAGCUGAGAGCGCUGAGCGCCAAUAAAGAAGAAGAAAAAGGAGGAGGAGAAGAAGUGGGGAGCAAGAUCCUCCCGAUAAACAGCAAUAACCACUACAGCUCCCAUCUCUAAUCAUCACGUCUCACCUCAUAUCGCUCACCUUCGAUAGAUCUCGAGGGUGGCAUUUUUUUUGAUUCGAUCGAAAUCGAAAAAUCGAAUAUCGAUUAAAGUGAAACACACACACUCCCAACUCUCAGGAUAUGUACGGCAACAAUAAUCCGGGUAGUAACAAUAAUAACGGUGGUUAUCCUCCAUAUGGUUACAACAACAAGUCGAGCGGUGGGCGAGGAUUUGGCAUGUCCCAUUCAUUGCCAUCGGGAAUGUCACGUUAUGCGUUUUCGCCACAGGAUACAGAAUUUUCAUUUCCAAGUUCCUCGUCGCGUCGCGGUUACAAUGAUUUCCCCGGCUGCGGUAUUGGCGGCAACGGUGGCAGCGCCAAUUCAUUGGGCGGCGGCGGCGGUGGAGGCGGUGGCGGCGGCGGCAAUAUGUGCAACCUGCCGCCCAUGACCAGCAACAAUUCGUUGAACAAUCUGUGCGGCCUGUCGCUGGGCAGCGGCGGCAGCGAUGAUCACAUGCUGAACGAUCAGCGGGCCAGCAAUACCAACCUGAUUGUCAACUACUUGCCCCAGGAUAUGACUGACCGUGAGCUGUACGCCCUCUUCCGGGCCAUUGGACCCAUUAACACGUGCAGAAUCAUGAGAGAUUAUAAGACUGGCUACAGUUUUGGAUAUGCUUUCGUGGACUUCACAUCCGAAAUGGACUCGCAGCGUGCGAUCAAAGUCCUCAAUGGCAUCACAGUGCGUAACAAGCGGCUUAAGGUAUCCUAUGCUCGUCCCGGCGGAGAAUCCAUCAAGGACACCAACCUGUAUGUGACCAAUCUGCCGCGCACCAUCACCGACGAUCAGCUGGACACGAUCUUUGGCAAAUACGGUUCCAUUGUCCAGAAGAAUAUCCUGCGCGACAAGCUGACAGGACGACCCCGUGGCGUGGCAUUUGUUCGCUAUAACAAGCGCGAGGAGGCACAGGAGGCCAUAUCGGCGCUGAACAACGUUAUACCGGAGGGCGGAUCCCAGCCACUGUCCGUCCGCCUGGCCGAGGAGCAUGGCAAGGCGAAGGCGGCCCACUUUAUGUCGCAGAUGGGAGUACCGGCGCCGAAUGCACCACAGCCGCCGCCACCACCACCGCUGCCCCAUAUGGCCGCCGGAUUCAACAGCAUGGUGCACAGAGACGGAGCUAUGGAAAAAUUACGCUCAUUAUUCGAUGCUAUAUGCGAUGCUAUAUUUGGUCUCGAUAGUGACAACUUUGCCGACUUGCUCGACGGCUUGUACCGCCGGAAGUACCACUAUCCUUACUUAUAAUUGACACCGCAACAGCAGCAGCAGCUCCUCCAACAUCAGCAACAGGCGUUGGGCUUCCCCAGUACACCCAGUAAUGCGAUCGGUAAUGGUAACACCAACACCAACAGUAAUAACAACACCAGAAACACCAACAGCGAUAACAACAGCGAUAACAACAACAUGCUACUAUUUCACCAACAUUACCAUCAGCAACAACAACAAGAUCAACAACAACAACAACGCCUGGGAAAUGCUGCUGCUCACAGCUUGAGUCCAAGUGGAAGCCAGAAUCCACCCAGCAAUAGUCCCAACACCAUUAACUUUAACAGCAUUCGUCAGAACGGAGUGGCUGCUCUUCACUAUCUCCAGGAGCAACUCCAACUCCAAUCGCCGCCUCCCUUCCAGCAGCAACAGCAGAGGAGUAGUCAGAACCAGAACCAGAACCAGAAUCAGAGUUCGAGCAACGGUGGCAGCUUGCUGGCCAUCAGCAAUCACACCAAUGGCCAUCACAGCACCGCCAACAACACCAGUAGCCAUAACAACAACUACAACGGCAAUUACAACAGCAGCGGGUAUAGCAACAACGGUGCCUGUGGCAGCUUCAUGAACAAUUCUGGCCAUGGCGGUGGUUAUUCCAACAACUUCACCAACAACUCGUCGCAUCUUGACCUGGGAUUCGGCCCGAUGACCACCUCCGAACGAGAGCUGCACAAGCAGACCCUCAAGUUGCAAGAGUUGCACAUUAGUAGCAGCUACAACAAC